UCAAAAUAUUAUAAUUCUUGUCGGCGUGAUAAUGGAGCGCGUGCUCUGCUUACUCAGGUAGACGAUACAAACAAACCAGGAAGUGUUUACGGGAACGUUUUAUACGUUUUUUAUACGGUUUUAACAUGUCAAAUGAAGUCCGAUAUUGUGAUAGGUGCUCGUACAUCUUUCUCAAGUUCUCGUUAAUCGUAUAUGCAACAAUUUUCUGGUUGAUAGGGGGCUUUAUUUUGGCCAUCGGCAUCUAUGCAGAGGUGGAGAGACAACGCUACAAAACGCUGGAUGGAGUGUUCCUGGCUCCCGCCAUUAUCCUCAUUGUGCUCGGUGUGAUCAUGUUCAUCGUCUCCUUCAUCGGGGUUCUGGCGUCUCUCAGAGACAACUUGUGCCUUCUCAAAGUGUUUCUUUACAUGCUGGCUCUUUGUCUCGUUUUGGAGCUUGUCGGUGGGAUUGUUGCUCUUAUCUUUAGGACCCAGACAGUGGACCUUCUCAACAAAAACAUUCGUAAAGGCAUGGUGAAUUACUAUGAUGACCUUGAUUUCAAAAACAUCAUGGACUUUGUUCAGAGUACGUUCAAGUGUUGUGGGGGAAAGGAGUACUCAGACUGGCAGGUGAACAUGUAUCAUAAUUGCUCUGCUCCUGGUCCACUAGCGUGUGGAGUGCCAUACGCCUGCUGUAUUGUCGAGCCUUCUGAAGUUGUUAAUACGAUGUGUGGAUACAAGACCCUGGGUAAAGAGAGGCUAGAAAAUAUAGAUGUCAUCUACAUCCGCGGUUGCACUGAUGCAGUCUUUAUUUGGUUCAUGGACAACUAUACAAUCAUGGCUGGACUUCUUCUGGGCAUCCUAUUACCUCAGUUUUUUGGAGUGCUCUUUACCUGGCUUUAUAUUACCCGUGUGGAAGAUGCCAUUGAGGAGUAUGGUCACUAUAUGGAUGGUCUGCUGGACGACGGACCCCAGGGGACUAAGCGCCAAAGCAAGCUGGCCAAAUGCUGCAGAUGCAUGCCUUUGAUCGACUGAGUGAAAACUCCUAAAAGAAAGCCUUAUAUUGGAUACUACGUAGAUAAAAGGAUUUAUGCAGGUACUAUCACCUGCUGUGGAUGAAAAUAACUGUUGUAGCUCUCUCUUUGCAAAACACAACUGUGCUGUCAAUAUUGUUUUCACAGUUACACUCAGGGUUCAUUAUUUUAUCUGUCAGCUGAAAAUGGAUAGUUUAUGUGUCAAAAUGAACUGAUGCUUGGACUGACCUUCAGUGUCAGGUUUUUUCUGCUAAAUCACACCUAAAUCAUAUACCAAAGAUGCCAUAUAUUCACAUCAGGUUGACUGAGUCAGAAUGCCUUUAGCUUUUACGGAGUUUAGCUUUGUUUAACAGGGAAACUGAUUUGACAAUUGGCACCCUGUAAGUCAAAGGUGAUAAAUUGCAAGGUUUCUUUUUUCCAGUACAACAGUGCGCUUCACAUAAGAGAACUUCUAUAAAUCUACAGCUACAUUCGUCAUAAUAAGAGUGCUGCCUCUUUUGUUUGUACACUAUGUCUUAAGAUGAGUAACGGUAUAAAUUCUGACCAUAAAAUUUCCACACUAAAAAGCUUUGUAAAUCCAAUCCCUUAGUGGCCACCAUACCACCAUAUGGUGUUUGGUGUUUUUUUAUUUUUUUAUUAUUAUUAUUAUUAUUAUUAUGAAAUAUUACUUCACAUUGAGCCUUUACCUGAAACAGCAUUUGUUCCUCUUAAAGGAACACUCCACUUUUUUUGAAAAUAGGCUCAUUUUCCAACGCGCCUAGAGUUAAACAGUUGAGUUUUACCG